AUGAACGGCACAGAGGGACCAUAUUUUUAUAUCCCUAUGCAAAAUACUACCGGCAUUGUCCGGAGUCCUUAUGAUUACCCUCAGUAUUACCUUGUCAACCCAGCAGCUUAUGCUGCCCUGGGUGCCUAUAUGUUCCUGCUCAUCCUCGUUGGUUUUCCCGUCAACUUCCUCACUCUCUACGUUACCCUCGAACACAAGAAGCUGCGAACCCCUCUAAACUACAUCCUGCUGAACCUUGCGGUGGCUGACCUCUUCAUGGUGUUUGGAGGAUUCACCACAACGAUGUACACCUCUAUGCAUGGCUACUUCGUUCUAGGUCGUCUUGGCUGCAACCUAGAAGGAUUCUUUGCAACCCUCGGAGGUGAAAUUUCCCUGUGGUCACUUGUUGUUCUGGCUGUUGAAAGGUGGAUGGUUGUCUGCAAGCCAAUCAGCAACUUUCGCUUUGGAGAAAACCAUGCCAUCAUGGGUUUGGCCUUCACCUGGUUUGCCGCCUCUGCUUGCGCUGUACCCCCUCUUGUUGGCUGGUCUCGUUACAUCCCUGAGGGCAUGCAGUGCUCAUGUGGAGUGGACUACUACACACGUGCAGAAGGUUUCAACAAUGAAUCCUUUGUGAUCUACAUGUUCAUCUGCCACUUCCUCAUUCCAAUGUUUAUUGUGUUUUUUUGCUAUGGCCGUCUGCUCUGUGCUGUCAAAGAGGCUGCUGCUGCCCAGCAGGAGUCAGAGUCCACCCAAAGGGCUGAGAGGGAAGUCACCCGCAUGGUUGUGAUCAUGGUUAUUGGUUUCCUGGUAUGCUGGGUUCCCUAUGCAAGUGUGGCCUGGUAUAUCUUCCUAAAUCAGGGCUCUGAGUUCGGACCUCUUUUUAUGACCAUCCCCGCCUUCUUUGCCAAGAGUUCUGCCAUCUACAACCCAUUGAUCUACAUCUGCAUGAACAAACAGUUCCGUCACUGCAUGAUCACCACCUUGUGCUGUGGGAAGAAUCCCUUCGAGGAGGAGGAGGAGGGAGCAUCCAGUACCAAGACCGAGGCCUCUUCUGCCUCCUCUAGCUCUGUCUCACCAGCAUAA